ACACUCUGUUUUACUGCUGACUAUGGCACUACGGUCUGACAAUUCAAUAUUAUGGCUUGUUCUCGGUCUAUCUUUAGGCUUUGUAGCCGCUCGCCGCAUCAUCCACGAUUUAUAUGAAAUCCGCACGUUGACAGAGAUUACACGGCCUGAAAAUGACGAACGCAUGAUCAGUAAGGGCACUGAAGACGCUCUCAAACUCGAAACACUCCAGAAACUGAGCGAAAGCCCGAGUUAUGAGCUCCGCGGGGCUUCUCUACGCAUCAUUUCAGAGCGCGCCACGAAGGAGCCUUCUUGGGAUCUACUCCUAGAAGACCUGGCAGGUAAAAACAAACGGCGACGGAAUCGGGCUGUGAAUGCUAUUCAUUUCCUAUUUGCCAGUCGCGCAUUAUCUCGAGUCACUCUAUCACCGCGCUUAAACGAUUUUUCCACUUACAAAGCAAUCGUGGACUGUCUGUGCAACUUCCUCGAGGAACACAACGUCGAAUACACAACCACCGAGUCUCCCAUUUUACCCAGAACACGGCCACCGGGCGAAAAGAAACUGCUGGCAACACUCAAUAUUCUUCUAGUUCAGAAUAUACCUGCGGCCCUAGAAGCUGGUGUUGUUAGCCGAUGGCUCUCGAAAUACCCAUUCCCAUGUCUCCGCGAGAGCACCACGACUACGACACAUGGAAACGAUUAUCGCCGGAAAGACGUUGUCUGGCUCAUGAAAAUGUACUGGCCAGACGAUACUUUUAUGAGCUCUAUCAUCACAACGCUCGUUGGCACCCGAGAAGGAAUUCGACAGUUACGGAAAUACGGUCUGAUGGGCAGCGUGAUGGAAGAAGGGAAAGACAUGGAUGACCAUGACGAUGGCGGCGAUGACGAAGAUAGUGAUGUGUGGAUGAUUAAUGGCGAAAGUACAGCGGGGACAAGUUGGGUACCUGAGAGGUUGUCGUUCCCUGAAGAGAGUUAUGAGGAACAAGUUCUUCGAAGACGGAGGAGAGAGGCUAUGGUGUUCAGUGAGGAUGGAGGGCCGAUUAGGAGCGAUAAUAUUAUACAGCUCCCUAUUUAA